UGGUUUUUUCCUUACACAGUCCCCGGGACGUUAACAUAUGAAUAUAUAUACCCUUUCUUUUCUUUAUAGCCCGGAAUGCUCCGGCACACAAAAAAAAAAUAAAAAACAAAAGAAAAGAAAUAUAUUCCAUUAUCCUAUUAAGUGUGUGCAAUUGUUCUUAUAUAUUAUUGCACUUACAGGCCUCUCAGUGUCCUGGUUGCCGCUGUAGUGCUGCUCUGCAAGAUCCGUGCGGCCAUGACGUUUGUCGGGGCCACGCCCCCUGUGCAGUGCUGCUUCCUGAUUCCGUGGUCUGGCAUCAUGAAAACUGUUUUGCCUGCUACGACUUGGUACAUCAGGCUACCUCUUCGGCUGAGCAGUCUAUUAAGGAUGCUGCACUCUCCGCCCUCAAGAUCUAGGUUGGAGGGUUUGGACGGAACGUAGGGAAGGCUAAGCCGUAUAUUCUGUCCCGAGAUAUGGCGACUUUGCUCUUCCCAGCCGGAAAAUCUGCCGGAUACGUCGAUCCAAAAGUAGCGGCACCGAUUAUCAAAUCAAUCCAAGACUCAGUCAUUGAACAGCAAGAGGCGGAAUUGCCGGACCUUGGACUAGAGGAAGUCUCACUUGAAGUGGUUGAGGAUUUGCCCGUUACACUAGGCACGGGUACAGGUAACAGUGUUAAUGAGGCUAGCUUAGUUAGUCACCGGGAUCUUUCCUUGAGUGACUCUGAUUCUUCCUCUCCUUCUACUUCCAAUUCCUUCAUGGGUUUCACAGGAGGUUUGCCCCCUCCCAGGUUGCACUCCUUCUCUGUGAUUCCUAAACUAAAGAAAAAACCUGCGGGUAAAACCUUGCUUAAAGGCAGAUCAGAGACAAUGCCAAGGCCUGGGCAGUCACCAGAGGUUCAUACACAUAUUAAAACUAAAAUAAAGUUGCUUUCCAAACCUUCAAUCCCAAGGUCUCAAGGAGGGAAUUCUUCCUAUUGCCCUACCAGUCCCAUUCCAUUAACUUCUAGGGACCGGAUACCUCAUAAGGUACCGCAAGAGGGACAGGAUGAUUCUCCUUCCGUUGACCAAGACCAGUUCAACACGAAUAUUCUAAAUCAGGUCAGUAGCCUUGGUAGCUUACUCAGCUCAGUUGCAGCAAGGUUUGAAGAAGUGUUUAGCAGGUUAGGUGCUCAGGACUCCCUGAUUGCAGGUCUCAGGCAGGAGUCGGCAGUUUCGGCCCAUUCUAGUAGCUUAAUGCAAGCUCAGAGCAUGCCUGACGGGUCCACGCUCCCUCCUUUCCACCCCGGUAAUCCCUGGAGGGUGGCUAACUUCGCUCCGUUUGUCAAUGGGAUGUUGACUAUAGAAGGUUGCGGCACACGUAGGCUCGAGGAUUUCGAGUUUUUCCCCGAAGGUUUACAGCCUCCAUUUAUAGGCUAUGUUAGGCUUACGGAGGCAGCUCUGGUUAGAGAGGAUAAGGUCCCCAAGGAGACUGUUAUCCUUUCUAGAGAUCAGGCUCAGCAAACAUGGAUACGGAGCCUAGAAGAGUGGGACUGCUCAAAUACUAGAGUAACAGCUUUUAAAAGUCCUUUCACCAUGUUUACAACUGAUGUCGGGAACCCCUUACCUUUUACAUCAAAGGUAGCGGAACUUACACUCCAGGCAGUGACUCGAGAAGAGCCCAUGCCCCAGCUUAGGGAGACAGAUCCCACAUCUUUACUACUCCCAGGUAGGGAGGAUUUGUGGGAGGAUUUGCCAGCUACGUUCUCGGUAGGCAAGCUGAAGCCAGAUUGUGCAAUCACCUUGUUUAGUGAACGCCUUCCUAGGCUGUCAGACGCAUUGAUCCAAGCCGAAUUUGACGCUAAGACACGUCUCGCAAGGUCUCUUAACUCCCUAUGA